AAUUAUGUGUAUUUCCAAAGAAAGUAACCAAUUUCUUGGUGAUUUUAGAAAUAUUUAAAUAGGUUUUAAAUCUUUUGUCGUGAAAAAUACAUAUUCACGUUUUUUCUCAGUCCAAUAUUUGCAUAUAUCAGUCAUUGAAACCAUUUGGUUUUAUUCGAGUAAAGUGUAGGCAACCGUGGCAAUUAGUCAAUGGCGGCGGUGCAUAUAUGACAAAUGACAAUUUCGUGUGAAAUAAACAAAUUUUCUAGAUGGAUGAUUCUUUUUUUGGUUUCGAUACAUCUGUACCGUACGACGACAACGGGGCAGGUGGUCAAAUCGCUGAACCUUCCGAAGAAGAGUAUGAUGCCCUUAACGAUGAAACAUUCGGAUCUGCCACUAAUGGAGAUUGGGAAGAGGCACAUGAAACUAUGGUGCGGCUUACAGACGGCUCCGUUUCUGGUAGUUCUAACAAAGAUUCUUUAAAUGGUGUAAAACUAAUAAGUGGAAAUAUUUUAAAAUCCACUCAAAUUUCAUCGCCAUCAAAAGCAAAUAUCUCACGAAACCGUUAUGUAGAAAAAUUUGCAGAUUCGGAUUUGGAGUUAAAUCUAUCAACAAUGAAGUUAGACGAUGUCGACUUGAGGUUCGACGAUAACGAAAGUUUAUCUGGAUCAACUGGAAUAAAUUUAGAUCCUAGUGUUUGGGCCACAAAUCCUUUUAAAAGUUCGAACAUAGCCUUGGAUGGUAGUGAACAUUCGACAAUAUUCCAAUCAAGAGAAAGAUGUUCAGUAAGUGGAAUUAAUAAUGUAAACAACAGUGAUACAAUUUUUCAACAAGCACAAAAUGCAAAUCUCUUUGCACAACAUAUACAGUCGGAAAAAAAUCAGUGCACAGAUGCACAAAUGAUUCAAAGAGAAUUGCCCCACCAUCUUGGCGGUGCAUUUGGCUUACCCCCAACUCCAAAAUUUUGUACUCUGGAGGAUAUUGAAAGAAAUAUUAUUAUUGAACAAAGUAUACGAAAAAAUCACGAUAAUUUUUUACAACCCAAGGACCAACGAAAUCAGCAUCAUCAAAAUCUGAAACCGAAUGUUAAUGACGCUGUUAGACAGUCUUCAAACACAAGCACACCUCCACCUCAACCACAUCAUAUUCAGCAACAUCAAUUAUUACAACAUCAAAUAAAUCAGACAAAAUCCCAAGUUUCACAAUUAAAAGGCCCGCCAGGCUUUCCAAAUCAAGGUCACACAAUGAGGCCAAACCCAAGCUUUGCAAACAAUCUGACACAACACCCAUUGGGAAAUUUAGUUCAUCAACAGCAAACGGGUGGUGGUGGCAAUCGUCUUCCACCAGGAUUUUCUUUAUAUUCAGCUGGGUUAAGCCCACAUGUGCAGCAACAAAACAAUCAUCAGCUUCAUCCACAUCCUAUACUUAACCAACAUGGAUUACCACCCAAUUUUCCGAGACCACUGCCAAGCCCACAUUUGCCAAUCGCUUUAAAUAAUUUUGCAAUGCAUCCCAAUUUUAAUGCAAUGCGUGCUGCUGCAGCUGUUGCGGGUAUCCAUCCGGCUUCUUUGAUACAAACUCCACAAACAGCUCGCAUAAGUCCACAUCCUCCUAACUCAGCUGUCCUCCUAAGUUCCCAGCAAUCGAAUUCUAUGUAUAAUAUGUUCAAUAUGCGUUUAGUUCAGGAAAUUCAACAAAAUCAUCCUCUUUUGCAAAAUGUUGCACGUCAAACACAACAACUACAACAAAAUAUUGGAAUGAACUCUCAACAAAAUCUUAUACAACAAAGGGCCAAUAUUAGUGGAAUUAAUAAACCAAUUCAUCAACGACGUGAUGGAGGAUCUGCAAACGGAAACUUGCCACAUGAGGAGUUUGAUCAAUAUGCCAACUUAAUGAGUACACGCGACAAACAUUGGCUAAUAGGUAUACAGCUUUCACAAUUAAACACGGAUACUCCCUACAUUGAUGAUUUUUACUAUACGGUAUACCGCGAAAGGAAGGCUGUUCUCAAUGGCAACCUCCGCCAUAGUCAAGCACAUAAAGACAACCAGUUAAAUCAUCCACUAACGCAACCAAAGGGUCACGCUCAGCUUAUUUUAGUUCAGCUUGGCAAUAAAAAUGGAACACGGAAUGGCCAACAUCGCGAACGUCGUAAUUCAGAGAGCACCGGGACAGUUGGAAUUAAUAGCGGAAAUAUAGGAAAUAGUCCAGAUCAAAAAACACCGUAUGUGUUUAGUCCGUUAAAGUUUGAAAACUCGUUAGGUAAGUUACAGUAUGGAAGUGUAACAGCACCGCGUAAAAUAAUUGACGCUGAAAUUAUGGGAAAUGAAAAUUUAGUCAGUGGGGCUGGUGAUAGUUUCCCAAUAACUGCAAGUUAUAGUGGUUCCAAUUCAUCCAUCCUUAAGUCAAACAUAAUACCAGUAGCUCCUCUAACAGGUGCAAUGAGCGAUUUUACAUCAUCAGUUCAUCGUAAAUCGCGUCAUAUUUUGUUACAUAUCGAAACUCUCUACCGUAUUGUUUUGAAAUUAGAAGAUUUAAAUAAUCCUACUGCAAUCGCUACCAUUAUAAUGAAGAAAAAGAAAGAAAGUGAGCGCAUAGCGGCUUUAGAGCAGAUGGAAAAUGCUAGCAAAAGCCAUGAAGAGAGAAUGGCAGAAGCAUCCAAUUCAUCAACAGUGAAUCCUGCAUUGAAAAACAAAUUCACAUAUGAGAUUGAAAAGAAAGAAGCACUAGUAGCAAAGCUUAUAGCUGGACUUUCACAAGAAGAAGUUGCAGCAAUUAUGAAUGUUCGUAAGGGAAAGACUCUAAUUCGGCGUAUCAUGAUAUAUAUAGAAGCUCAUGACAUUCGUUGGACUAUUUGGAUGGGAGUUUUUUCUUCUUUGCAGAAUGUUGUAAAAAAAGAUAAGGAUGAUGCUGAUGGCGUUUUAUAUGCACUUUACCCUGAGUUUAAAAAUCAAGUGCGUCAGGCAGACUUUGAAACGAUUGUCAGAAUUUCAGCCUCUAUACCCCUAAGUGAAAAGAAAUUUAAUGGCAUAUUUUGUAGUAAGUUUGGGAUUUCAUCAUUGGUUUGCUUGGUGUUGCAGGCUGAAAAUAUUUAUAUGUCCGGUAAUGACUGUACCCUUACUAAUGGAAACAAAGGGAAAUGGCGAUAUUUCCUGGAUCAAGUUGCAUCGUCCUUAAAUCGAACGAUUCAAAACCACACAGUUUGUGCAGAAAUCGAGUCAGAUUCAAUCCAACCGUUGAUGAAUCAUUUUGCACGUUUUGAAGAUCUAAAACUUGAUUCCCUACUGGCACUUAUUACUCAGGCCAGACAGCAAAUUAACUAAAAUGAUGCAGGUGCAUAAGAAUUUAGAAACAUAAACUUAUGAACGAUCGGAUAUGAAAUUGCAAAACCUAAAGUUAAACUAAAUAACUCAUUUUCAAAAAAACUGUAAUUGUAAACUGAAAAAUUUGUUAAAUAUUUGCAAAUUAUUCAGAAGGAAUUUAUGCAGAAGUAUGCACAUUACUAAAAUAUCUUGGACUAUAUGACCUGUGUACAUGGCAACAGUUGAACGCAUAAUAUUGUUAAAAAUUGAAUGUCCAGGUUAGCAACAAAUAUGGUCUUAUCAGAUAAGGCUUGUCUUUGGCUGAUAUAACAGAAAAUAUAACCGAAUAUGUAGUUUUGGUAAAGUAGCUUCAUCUGGUAUGUUUCAGAGGAUCUGCUUGUCUGUUUGUCUUAAAUCCAUUUUUAAGUUAAAAAUGGUAUUUAUAUCACUUUUUUCUUAAUUAAUAAAACCUUGCACUCUUAAUUUUUAACGGAUCUGUCACCACUAUUGAAAUAAGCAACUUUACCAAAAUGACAUUUUUGUAGAUAUAUUAAAAGAGUUUGUCAAUCUUUAGCUGACGAUUUAAAGUUACAAAAAGAAAUAACAAGAAUUUUAAAAUAAUUGUCCUUUUUUAUCAUUGACUUUAUGUAUAUUUAUGGUUUUUUGGUGUUUUGUAAAUAUUUAAAAUAUACAUGAACUUAGUAUUAGGAUCAAAUUUUAUUUAACACAAGAGAUGAAUAUAUUGAUAUCUAUUAUAGAAACAAAUUUGUAUGAACUAAAAAAUAAGACGAAGGCAUAUGCAAUGAGACUAAUUUCUAGUAGUCGUGACAUUUUUUAAUCUUCGUAUCUUCUUUCCUAAUUCAUAAAUAUAACAAAUACAUUCAUAAAAAAAAAAAAUAGAUAAAUGCUUCGUUGGUGCUUCUCUUCUCAAAUUGAAUAUAAAUUAUAUCAAUAAAACCAAUUAUGUUACUACAGAAUACUUACAUAAAUGCAUAUGAAAAAUAUUUCUAUGCAUUUAGCUUUAAAUAUAUACAUAUAUUCACAUAUUGACGGACAUUUAGAUACGCGUAAAAUUUAUUUAUCCAUUCAUUCAUCAAUCCCUGAUCCCCUUUUAACCAUGUUCGAAUUUUUAAACAAAUGCAAAAAUAAAUAUUUUUCAAUAAUAACAUUUAAGAAUGGUAAAA